UUUGUAAACAUUUAAACGUUUGUAAUUUUCACGAAAUAAUUGAAAUUCAUUAAGAUUUCAAUAGUUAAAUAGUGAUUUUAAAUGCAUCCGGAUUUAUCAUCGCAUUUACACACUCCUGAAUGUAAUAUACUGAUUAGUCAGUUAAAGGAAUGUCACGAAACUAAAAAAUUCCAAAAGUUUCUCGGAGCUUGUAGUGAUAUCGACAGGACAGUCCAAAGGUGUUUAAAAAAGGAACUAGCCGAUAAUAGAAAGAAGAAUUUUGAUCAAUCAAAAUUGAAUAGACAGAAAGUUUACGAGCGAAUGAGACAAGAAGAACAAGCUCAGAAACAAUAGUUUAGCAUCUAAAGUAUUUAGCCAGUAGGACAUAAAGUUAUGGAUAAAUAUUAUCUUAAUGAGGAUGAAUAUGAUGAAGGGAUUCCAUCAAUAAUAACAUAUCUUGAUGAAAGUAAGCCAUUUCCAUCAUUUGUUGAUCGAUAUUUCAGUCGAUUCUAUUGUAAAAGAACAUCAGAGAAUGGUGACAAUGAGGAUCACUUGAUUUUAUUCCAUACUAAUGGAGUUUGCUUAAUUUCAAUCGCCAAGAGUCAUAUUGCAUUUAAGAAAGGCAUUGAAAGCGUUAAUUUUGACAUUGGAAAUUGCGAUCGUAGCCAAAAUCAAGUCAAAGGCAAGCAUAAGAAAGGCGCUAUGAAUCUUCAGAAAAACACAACAGUUGCACUCAUCAAGACUCUCGAUGGAACUGAAUAUAAAUUGUUCAGCUGUAUUGUUGGAAAGUUGUUGGAAGUAAACGAGAGUUUAAAUGAUGACAUCAAGAAAUUGGAAGUGGAAGGACACGGCUACAUUGCUGUCGUUUUACCAAAAAUGUCCAAUGCUGGAAAAGAAAGGGAAUCACUUAUCACUGAUACCGAUUAUAUCCCAUCAUAAAGAAAUCCUCAAUAAAAAAAAAAGUUUUGGAAAAAAAA